AUGGCCAAAGCCUUGGCCGCUGCUGAAGACUACACUACUGCUGCAAGUGAAGAGAGAACCUCUGCUCAUGAUUUCCUCGUUGGGCAUGUUUACAGGGGUGUGGAGACAUUGGGAAAGGAACUUUUUAUGUAUUUUGAUCAGAAAGCUUUGAGGAUUCACUUCGGAAUGAACGGUUCCAUGCUCAUUAAUCCUGACGGAAGCAAAGACAAACAUGGCAUGCUACCAGUUUUGGAGAUACAGCUUACAGAGGAUACUGUUUGUUUUUUUGAGGUGACAGUGGAGUAUAGAAAUGCAGCAGAGAGUGAACAGAAAGUGAGAAUGAUGGAAAGCUUAGAUGUCUGUUCUCCAAAGUUUAGCUUCUUAAGAGCAGAAAGUGAGAUUAAGCAGCAGAAAACCCGCAUGUUGUGCGAUGUGUUAUUGGAUCAGGCAGUAUUACCUGGAGUGGGAAAUAUCAUUAAAAAUGAAGCACUAUUUGACAGUGGUCUCCAUCCAGCUGUUAAGGUUUGCCAACUGACAGAUGUGCAUUUACGUCACUUGGUGAAAAUGACACGUGAUUUUACUCUGCUUUUUUAUAAGUGCCGCAAAACUGGGUCUGCGCUCUACAAACACUACAAAGUAUACAAGCGCCCAACCUGUGGUCAGUGCAACGAGAAGAUCACUGUGUGUCGUUUAGGAGAGAAUAACAGGAUGACUUACUUCUGCUCUCGAUGUCAAAAGGCGGAUCCUCAGCUCGUCAAUGUUAGCAAACUGCCAACUAGAAACAGCCUAAUUGGCUGGGCAUGUGGCAGGGGGUCAUGUUCUAAUGAACAUGUAGCUCUCAAAUCUGAAGAGGAGUGGACGUGUAUGCGCUGUACCCUAAUAAACAAGCCUUCUGCUGAAAUUUGUGAUGCCUGUUUGACUUCAAGGCCUGAAGUUCCAAAGACAGAGAACGUUGAAGAUUCUGCAGCCUUUAACAGAAACUUAAUGAAGUACCCUUGUAAUGAUUUCAGAAAACCAAGCACAGAAAUAAAGAUCAAUAGGAAAGCUGCAUUUGGAACUACAACUCUUGUCUUAACAGAUCUUGGUAACAAUGCUGUUUUAAGAAAUGACAGCCAGAUAUCUGAUGGACGUUCUCCGUGUGUUACUCCAAAAAGCAAUUGUAAUCAAAUCCUAAAGAAUGUCUGCCAGUCAGGGGGAAGCACAGACAAGGAUUGCUCUAUACACGUACCUGCUAUGGCUUUGUCCACCUGUCAGCAACCUCUCUCUUUCGAACACAUACAGAAGAAACAGAAAACUGAUAAUCUACCCUCUAUUCACCAAUAUAAUAUAGCAAUCGGCAAACCUCAAGCAAAAAUGGCAGAUGAUAUUCAUAAGUUAAGUGCAGGCCAUCCUCGCUGCAGUAAACACAACCGUCUCUGCAGCCUCAGAGUUGUGAGAAAGGAUGGAGAAAACAAGGGCAGGCAGUUUUUUACCUGUCCUCUACCCAGAGAAACUCAGUGUGACUACUUUCAGUGGGCUGACUUGAGUUUUCCAUUUUGUAACCAUGGCAAGCGAUGUGUUAUGAAGACUGUGUUGAAGAUUGGUCCCAAUAAUGGAAAGAACUUUUUUGUGUGCCCUCUUGGGCAGGGAAAACAGUGUGGCUUUUUCCAGUGGGCAGAAAACGGGCCAGGUAUGCAGGGGAUUCCUUGA